AUGCCAAAGAAAAGUAAAGUUUCCGAAACACAAAAAGAAGAACUAAUGGAAGAAGCUGAAAUCGCUGAAAUUCCAGUCAAAAACGAAGAACCCGAAGAUGUAAAGGAAAUAUUAGAAGAAGAUGAAGAUGAGGAUGAUAGUGUGCCGAAGAAAAAGAAAAUGGAGAUCGUAGGGAUUAUUUUCUGCAAAAAUUAUUUUUUUUUAUUCGAAAUUUUCAGCUCGAUCCAGUCUCGUUUCAACAAGAUCCGACGAAUUUGACGCUGAUUUUGUACGAGGAAGAUCAUACGAUUGGAAAUUCGGUGAAGCAUUUGUUGACGAGAAUGUGAGCAUGGUUUUGUGGGGGGAAAAUUAGGGCUAUUAUGAAAAAUAUAGCAUUUUCUUGAAAAUUACCCCAAUUUCAUAUAAAAUUCUUACAAAAAAAAAUUUCCACAAAAAAAUGUUUUUUUUUAAGUUUUUUCUUCAAAUGAGUAAAUCAAAAUGAAUUGUUUCGAUAUGAAAGGAUUUACAAAAUUCCACGUCAUAACUAUCCAAUUUGUUUAAAAAAUAUUCACAAAUUUAAUUCGGAACUAGUCAAAAGUCAGAUCACCUUUAAAAAAGUUGUUCAUAUGAAAAUUUUGAAACAGUGAGAAAAAUUAAAAAUAAAAUUUACACUCAAAACAAAUAAGAGAUUGAAGAAAUACUGUAUUUGAGAUAAAAUUUCAGCUUCUAUUUCGAAACCAGUGAAAAACUUUAUUUUUGACCUCAAAUUGAAAUUUUCAAUCGAAAAUUCAUUUUCUGUCUCAAAAUUCAACAAAUACUUUGAUCUUUAGCAAUAAAAUAAAUUAGCUGAAAACUUUAAUUUUUCGCUCUGAAAUUCAAAUUUCUCACCAAAACUCCAUUUUCUUUUCAGGGACGACGUCGAAUUCUGCGGCUACAAUGUACCACAUCCACUCGAGGACAAAAUUCUGCUCCGAGUUCAAACUAAACACGGUGUGAAUGCUCUUCAAGUUCUAAUGAAAGCUUUGGAAGAUUUGGAGUCGGUUUUUCAGACAAUCGAGGGCAAAUUUCAGCAGGCUCAUGCAACUUUUGCUUAGAUCAUUUUUGUUAUAUUUUUUGUUUGUUGAUUUUUAUUUGUUAUGUUAUAAACUUGAACCUCCUCAAAAUUUUCUGAGAAUUUCACAUUUUUUGUUGAAUUUCAAAACCUUAUCUUACCUGAUAUCGAUUUUUCCAGAUUUUCAGGAUUUUAGCUUAGAUUUUCAGAUGUCUGGCUCAGGCUCAUUGAUGACUGUCCAUGUUGGACAAUGCGGAAAUCAAUUGGCACAGGCUUUUUGGAAAUCAAUGGUUGAAGAGCACGGAAUUAAUGAGUGA